UUAAUGAUUGAUUUUAUCACCUACUGGAGAUAAGCUUACUAUAUGAAUAUCAAUUUAGUUUCUUAUAAGUAAUUAAAGUUGGAAGUUCUUAGUAGUAUUUCAGAAUGGAAAUAUCAAAUGAAAAUAAAAUUUGGGCGCCUUUAAAUAUACCAUUACGAAGAAGAUUACAAACACUUGCUGCAGGAUUUUGGAUAUUUCUAAUGAUAUGGGGUCAAAGUAUAACAGUUUUUACAUUUAUUUCAUUGUUGAUUUGGGGCACAUGGCCAAUUAGGUUUUUAUGUUUAUUAUAUUGCGCAUAUAUGUAUUUAGAUAAGGAGAAUAUUGAAAAAGGAGGUUGGAGCACAGGGUUAAAAUGUUUCCGAGACAAUGCAUUUUUUCGACUGUACCGUGAAUAUUUUCCAAUAAAUCUUGUUAAAACUGCAAAUUUAAAAUCAGAUACAAAUUAUAUACUUGCGGCAUUUCCUCAUGGAAUUUUAUGUUGUGGUAUUUUCGGUCAUUUUGUUUCAAUGUCACCAAAAUGGCAAGAAUUAUUUCCAGGCGUUGCAGCAAGAGUAUGUACAUUAGCUUCACAUUUCGGUGUACCGAUUUGGAGAGAAUUAAUGUAUGCUUGGGGAUUAAUACCAGCUUCUAAAGCUGGUAUUGAAAAUCUAUUAACAUUUAAAUCAGUAAAUAAAGAUGGAACUACAUCUAAUGCUGCAGUUAUAAUUGUAGGAGGAGCACAAGAAGCAUUAUUAGCUCGUCCAAAAAAUUAUGAAUUAUUUUUGAAUAAAAGAAAAGGAUUUGUUAAAUUGGCGAUAAAAACUGGAGCCCCUCUGGUACCAGUAUUUUCAUUCGGAGAAGUUGAUAUUUUUGAUCAAGCAUCAAAUCCAGUUGGUUCAAAAGUAAGACGUUUUCAAGAAGCUUUCAAAAAACUGACAGGAAUAUCACCGGCUUUCUUCUUUGGACGAGGAUUUCUUCAAUAUGCUUUUGGAUGGGUACCAUAUCGAACACCCGUUACAGUAGUUGUUGGAGCGCCUAUACCAGUUAACAGAAAUUUAAAUCCAACAACACUUGAAAUUGAUGAUUUACAUUCUAAAUUUGUUACAGCUCUUACAGAACUUUUUGAGACUCACAAAUCUAAAUAUUUAUUAAAUGGAGAAAAUAUAACUCUUAAAAUUAGUUAAAAAAAUACUUUUUUAGAAUUUUUUAUUUUGUAAUUAAUUUUGUUAACAAUUGCAAUCAAGUUACAUUUUUAAAAAUUAAUUUUAUUUGAGUGCAAUUAAAUUUUUUGUUAUUGUUAAUUAGGUUGAUUGUUGCUUGUAAAUAUUUUA